AUGUCACAAGCAGCGAUCCUCCUCCCCGGCCAGCCCUUACCCUCAAACCUGACUGCUCCGCCUCUACCAAAAGCCGGCCGAGGAUGUUAUGAGCAUAAUGGACAGAUCUUGGCUAGUGUUGUUGGGAGACCGCGGAGAGUUGGAGCUGUGGUGAGCGUUGUGGGGAGAGAAGAGGCUGUUGGGAUUGUUGAUGUGGAUGCUAUCGUGAGUCACCCUGUCCACCGUCUAACUCCUCAACAAGCCCACCUCACAUUAACGACUCUCGCCGACCGCGCCCUCCCCGAAUCAUCCGAAGAGUUUACAGGCGUCAUCCGUCUGACGGAUAUCAGGCUGACAGAAAGGGACAAGAUCAAGGUGGGAGAAUGCUUCAGGCUGGGCGAUAUCGUCAAGGCAAAGAUCCUGAGUUUGGGAGAUGCGAGGAGUUAUUACCUUACGACAGCAGCCAACGAGCUUGGUGUUGUCUACGCCAAGUCUGAAGCUGGCAACCCUUUGGUACCAGUCAGCUACCAGGAGAUGGAGGAUGAAGUUACGGGAAAGAAGGAGAAGAGAAAGGUGGCCAAGCCGGAAGGAAUAUAA